AUGAUGGUCCCUGCCCGUUUGAUGUGGCUUGCCCAUGUCCUGCCAGCUGCUGCUCUUACUAUCACUUCGCCGCAGACGACCCCUGCCGCCGUGGCGUCUACUUCUACUUUGACGAGCUGCGGAUCCGGAAACUUGAUUGAGAAUGGCUCUUUCGAUGAUACUGAUAUUGAAUCUGGGGCUACGUGGACAGUCCUUCCUGGUGGAAGUGUCCAGAACGGUUACUUACACUUGAACUCGGAACAAGUCAGCUCACAGACUGUCAUGCACCAUGCCAUCUCCGGUGCGCUCAGCGGACAGGUUUACAAGUUCUCUAUGGAUUACCGCCAGACAGCUGGCCCCAAUGGCCUAGCGUCUACUUGUGAUGUGGAGAUCAUGCUCAAUGGCGCUACUGUUGAUGACAGUACGCAUUCGAUUAAUCCGGAGUUCGUGACCAUCUCGAAGGAGUGGACUGCUGAUGGUUCGGAUGUUGAUGUUAUGAUCCUGAUUGAGUGUCCUAAUGCUGAUGCCUCGUCGACUGUUGUCGAUGUUGAUAAUAUUGUUCUAGAGGGUGUUUGCUCUUCGGCUUCAUCUUCUUCGGUGGCUGUUUCGACUCCUGUUGCCUCUAGUGUGCCUGUUUCGACGCCUGGUUCUCCGUCUGCGUCUUCUUCUGCGUCACCUAGCUCCCACGGCUCUGAAUCGUCAAGCAGCGCCAGUGCUGGUGUAUCCAGCAGUCCAGUUGCUUCCCCAUCCGCUGAGCCCAGCUCCAACGGAUCCUCGUCGAGCGGAAUUAAUACCACCCCGGUUUCUGUCCCUUCGUCCUCCCCUUCAUCUUCCGUCCAUAUCACCGUCACCGGACCUGCAAACACUGCCUCUAGCAGUGAUGUCCAGUCCUCCGGCGCCGGCCAGGCUACACCCACCCAGGUCACCUCCUCCCCUGCCGGAACUCCUACCCAGGAUAUGACCACCUCCACUGUGUUUGAGACCCGUACUGAGACAAUCACCGCUUGCCCUUCGACUGUGACCGACUGCCCUGCCACCGACAACACUACUUACAUUACCACAGAGACAAUCCUAGUCUCCACAACCGUCUGCCCGGUCGCCGAGAGCAGCACCACAACCACCGCUGCUGUGGACGCGCACACUACUGGCGCAGCUGGUAACGGCAACGGCAAUGGAAACGGUAAUGGUAGUGGUAGUGGCAACGGCGAGGUCUACACUACUUCAACAAUCCUCUCAACAAGAACUGUAACCGUAACCGAAUGCCCAGCCACUGUCACCGACUGCCCAGCCCGCGACAAGACGACACACGUUAAGACCGAGACCCUCGUUGCCGGAACUACUACUGUCCCCGUUGGUAUUAACACUGCUGUAUCGGCUUCGACUACGACUGCUAUUGGUGCUGCUCACACUUCAUCGGUUCCUGUUGCUACUACUACCGUUAUUGUUGGUACUGAGACUAGGACUUCGACGGUCUUCUCUGUUGUUACUGUUACCGGUCCAGCUACCGGUGGUGCUAGCAGUGCUAUUGAGACUGGUGUUUCUGGAUCUGGAUCUGGCUCGGGUGCCGGUGCUGGUUCGAAUGAGUUGACUGUUUCGACUUCCUCAACAGCUAAGGUCUCGCCCAUCGCCUCACCAUCCGGUGCUGCCGGUGUCGGUGCUAGUGCCGGUUCUAGCUCUAGCGCUGAUGCCGGUACCACCGCCAGCACCACUGCUAGCAGCAGCCCAUCGCCUGUAUUCAACGGCGCCUCGUCGCGUACCAUCUCCGGUGCUGUCUGUGCCCUUGGCGCUGUUGCUGCCUUUGCUCUUUUCCUUUGA